AUGGGUACACAUAACGCGAAGAUCUCAUGUGACAUCUUGCUUGAUUCAUCCUCUAUUGCUGAUAACAAUGAUACGUCGAAAAUACCUUGUGGUUUAAGAAAGAGGAGUGGGCCACGCGAAUUGGGUUCUAAGGUGUUUGGGUUUGGAAUAUUGUAUUCUGAAUCAGCGCAUGGAGAUCGCACAGAUGUUCAGUCGGGACCAGAUAAUGAAUUUGAACAUGACAUGAUUAGCGACUCAGCUAAUAGAAGCAUUGGUGUUUGUAAUGAUCAUGAGCAAAACGGUCCUACUGGUGCUGACCCUGACGAAUCAAAUUACAAAAAAGAUGAUCCAACUAAUGGUGAUCGAACUGACGACAUUGGUGAUGGCGACAUUGUAACCGAUAACAAAGGUGAUGGCAAUGAUGGUGAUGAUAGCGGUAGUGACCAACCGGAUACUGAUAACAAUGAUGAUGAUGACGACUGGUAUGAUGGUUGCGAUGACGAAGAAGAAGACGAAGACAGUGAUGAUAACGAUGGCGACGAAUAUGAUGACGAGGAAGAUGACGAAGAUAGUACUGAUAGUGAUGAUAGUGAUGGAAUUGACGAAGAAGACGAGGACGAAGAAAGUGAUGAUUGUGAGGAAACCGAUGAAGAAAAUGAAGACGAUGACUAUGAUGAGACGAACGAAUUGCUGAUGGUUGUGAUGAAGAAGUAG